UUUCCUCAAUGCUUCAUUGUAUUCUCUGGUUUAGUAUUCCCAUUCUGGCUGGGAAAAAAAUGAGACCUGUCCUCAGACUUCAGAUUAUGAACAGAAAUUACUGUGUGAGGAGCUCUGAGCACAUGACACCUUGGAUCUCUGUGUGUGCCUUGGAAAAGCAAUGGGUUUAUAAAGGGAUAUUUAUUAUCCAAAGUGAAGAUUCCAACUUGUGCAUUAAAGCAGAGGCAGCUGGCCUUGUUCUGGAAGACUGCAGUCAGCCCUCAGAAGACAUGUUAUGGAAAUGGGUAUCCAAUCAUCGUCUUUUCAACAUAGGGAGAAGUACCUGUCUUGGACUGAGCAUCAAUAGACCAGAACAGCCAUUAAGUAUGCUUGAAUGUGAUUCAACUCAAUACUCGUUAUGGUGGAACUGUGAUGGAAAAGCAUUAGUUGGUGUAUCAGAGUACAAAUUAGCUGUUGAAAACAGCAAACAUAUUGUGGCCAGAAAAAAAUCUACUUGUCAGUGGAAACAGUAUAUGUCCUAUGAUGAAGGCGUUUGUGAACACCCAUUUCAAGAAACAUACACCUUGCUGGGAAAUUCUUUUGGUUUCCCAUGUGUUUUUCCCUUUAAAUAUAAGAACAAGUGGUAUUAUGAGUGUACUAGAGAUGAAAAGGAAUCUGACUGGUGUGCCACAACAACUCACUAUGAACAAGAUGAAAAAUGGGGGUUUUGUCCAAAUGCUGAGAGUGGCUGUGACAGUUUUUGGAAGACGAACCCCGACACGCACAUUUGCUACCAGUUCAACCUUGUGUCUGUGCUGAGCUGGCGUGAGGCACGGGCCACCUGUCAGCUGCAAGGAGGAGACCUGCUGAGUGUCACCGACCCCGAAGAGCAGAACUACAUAAGUAACCUAAGCAGGCAGUUAAACGCCACAGACAUGAUGCUGUGGAUGGGCUUGAAUCGCUUGGAUGAUGAUGCUGGCUGGCAGUGGUCAGAUGGAGCACCACUGGUGUUUGUGAACUGGAGAGCAAAUAUCUCUGAUAACCGUUUUAGAGAAAAUCAUUGUGCAGUGAUUAAUCCAAAAUCUAAGUAUGGCUGGCACAGUUAUUUAUGUGAAUCUGGAUUGCCUUUUGUAUGCAAAAAAUAUUUAAAUAAGACAGAGCAUGAAACAUUCGAUACAUGGAAGUAUUAUGCCACUCGUUGUGACACUGGCUGGUACCCACACCAUCGCAACUGCUACAGACUUCAUAAAGAGGAGAAGAGCUGGAAUGAUGCUUCUCUCUCAUGCCAAAGUGAGAGUAGUGGGCUCGUUAGUAUAUCCUCCAUGGCAGAUGAAGAGCUGCUACUUAACUUGCUUGAAAGUGAAAAUGUAACUGAAACAUGGAUUGGAUUAUACAGUAAUAACACUCCUGUUGUUUUUGAGUGGUCAGAUAGCACCCCAGUAAAAUUCUCUAAUUGGCACAGCCAAGAACCUAACACCUUUCAAAGAACAGGACAACUAUGCGUUUCAGCACAAGGAUCUGAGGGACGUUGGAAGAUUAAAAAAUGUGAAGACAGAUCUUUCUACAUUUGCAAAAAAGCAGGGGAAUUUGAUAAUGUCUCUCCUGAACUGGAAUCAAGUUGUCCAGAGGGAUGGGAAAGACAUGGUGGAUAUUGUUACAAAAUCGACAGUACCCCUCGAAGUUUUGAACAUGCUUCCAGUGGUUAUUUCUGCCCAUCUGCACUUGUAUCAGUAACAAACAGGUUUGAACAAGCUUUUAUCAACAGCAUGAUCCAUAGCAUGGUAAAAUCUGAGAGAACUUAUUUUUGGAUAGGAUUGCAAGACCUUAACAACACAGGAGAAUACUUUUGGCUAAGUACAGCAGGAAAGAAUCACUCCAUGAGCUACACAAACUGGAACAAGUACCAGCCACGUCAUUCUGGGGGAUGCGUGGCUAUGCGAGGACAGCACCCUGUUGGUUACUGGGAAGUGAAAAGCUGUAAGAACUUCAAAGCAAUGUCAUUGUGCAAGCAAAAAAUCAAUUCUUAUGAAGAACCUGAACUUACUUUUCAAAAACAUUUGAGUUCCUGCUAUUUUGGAUGGGAGUCAGAACCUCAUCUGCUCAACUGCUACAAGAUAUUUCACAAUGAAAAAGUUCUGAUGAGAAGAACAUGGGAUGAAGCAGAAGCGUUAUGUCAAGAUUUUGGAGCACAUCUUGCUAGUUUUAGCCAUAUCUAUGAAGAGGCAUUUUUAAACAAUUUAUUAUAUACAAUUUUUGAUAGAACAGAAGAAAGACAGUUCUGGAUUGGAUUUAAUAACAGAAAUGCACUUUCUGGAGGGACAUGGCAGUGGUCUGAUGGAACACCUGUUGUAUCUUCAUUUUUGGAGGACAAGUAUGUUGAAGAUGACUCAAGAAACUGUGGUGUGUUCAAAGUAAACAGAACGGUCUUUCCAGCACACUGCAAUGAAAAGCGUGAAUGGAUAUGCAAAAUACCAAAAGGUGUUAAACCAAUGAAUCCAGUUUGGUACACGGCUGAACUGCCAUGGUCAUAUUAUCAAGGAGCAGAAUAUCUUUUCCAUGUCAGUCCUGCGGACUGGGAAACCUACAAGUUUGUCUGUGGAUGGCUUCACAGUAGAAUGGCAACAAUAAAUUCUUCUGCUGAACAAGCCUUUAUUCAAAAUAAAAUAAGGAAGCUAUCGAAUAGUGACGUUCACUGGUGGAUUGGACUGCAUGCAGAAAACCUCAGUGAUGAAUUUCGCUGGGGAGAUGAAUCACCAGUAACAUACCAGAACUGGAAUGAAGGUAGAGAAAGAGAUCUGCAGAAACCAGGGAAAAGAUGUGGCUUCAUUUCAUCACAAACAGGACUCUGGGGUGACGAAAACUGUACUGUCUCCCUUCCCUGUAUUUGUAAACGUAAAAUUGCAAGAAAAAUAGAGAAAGUGAUUCCAAAAGACCAGAAACAACAAGGAGUAUGUCCCGAAGGCUGGUUGCACUUUGGAUUCAAAUGCUUUCUGAUACAAAUUCCGAAGGAUCCAGACCAUCUGAGAAACUGGUAUUCUGCACAGGAAUUCUGCAGUACCUAUGAUGGGUCACUUGCUUUCUUGGAAAAUGAACUGGAACAAGCUUUCAUAACAAUGAAUCUAUAUGGAUGGAAAACCAGUGUUUGGAUAGGUUUCCAGAGUGAUGAUUAUGACAAAUGGGUGAAUGAAAAUCCUACAAUAUAUUCUAACUGGUCUCCAGUUGAAAUAGUGGAUAGACAGCAUUUUAACAUUCAAGAACAAGUUCCACUGUGUACGUUGGUAUCAAAUAGCCCUAAUUUUUAUUUUACGGGAAAAUGGUACUUAGAAAACUGUCAGAAAAAUUAUGGGUUUGUCUGCCAAAAGACUCAGGACACAUCCAGACAUGUCAUCAAUGCAUCUGAAAUGUAUCCUGUGCCAGAUACUUUAGAAUAUGGAAACAGAAUGUAUAAACUAUUAACUGGGAAUUUUACAUGGUCUUCAGCUUUAACAGCCUGCAUGGCAAACAGUGCAGAGUUGGUCAGCAUUACAGACCAGUAUCACCAGGCGUUCCUCACAGUCAUGGUGAAUCGCCUGGGAUACAACCACUGGAUCGGACUGUUCACCUCAGAUAAUGGGCUUAACUUUGAAUGGUCGGAUGGGACUAGGUCUUUGUUUACCUUCUGGGAAGACGAUGAGUCCCAGGCCUUUGGCAGUUGUGUUUACAUCGAUACUUCAGGGCACUGGAAAAGCACAAAUUGUGAACAACUUCUGCAAGGAGCAGUUUGCCAUGUGCCACCUAAAAAGAAACUCAGUGCCUAUAAAGGCUUAUGUUCAGGAAAAACUGUACCCUGGAUCAAAUUUAAAAACAGUUGCUACAGCUUUUCCACAGUUCUGCAGGGCAUGAGUUUUGAUACUGCAUAUGAAGUCUGCAAAAAUCAAGGAUCAAAUCUUCUAACUAUUCAAGAUGAAGAUGAAAAUGCCUUCAUUUUGGAAGAGCUACACAAUUUUGGUUAUUCUGUGCAAAUGGUUUGGUUGAACAUCCUGCUUGUUACAGACAAUGAGACAGUCUCCUGGUUUGAUGGUUCUCCUUUAAAUUAUUCUAACUGGGGCAUCAGGGAGCCUGAGUUUGACCAUCUCAAAGGGAAUUUCUGUAUCAGCCUGAGGACCACAGAUGGAGUCUGGCAAUUAUCUACAUGCAGAGAAAAAAAGGGUUUUGUUUGCAAAAUGAAUGCAGAUAUUGAUGCAACAGAACCCUCUGAAAAUGGCAAUGAUGCUUUUACCAUUCGCCACGACAAAGAGAACAAGUGCAUACAAGUUAAAAACUCAUGGAUAGUGAUAGAUGACUGCAGGGAGACAAGUGAAGCUUUAUGGAAAUGGGUAUCCCAGAAUCGCCUCUUUCACUUGGGGUCCAAACAGUGCCUGGGACUUGAUAUAUUCACAAAAUCAGUGUCUCGCCUGAAAAUGGUUGAUUGUAACUCAGAAUUAAUGCUGUGGUGGCGAUGUGCUGAUGCUUCCAUCAUUGGUGCAUCUCAGUACAAAGUGACUAUCAAGAAUACCUAUGUGACUGCAAGCAUAAAUGCAACAGACCAGUGGAGAAGCAACAGUUCCUCCAGUGAUAUAUGUCGGUACCCUUACCACGAGGUUUAUACCAAAGAUGGCAACUCAUAUGGAAAACCCUGCGAGUUCCCCUUUCUGUAUAAUAAGACAUGGCAUCAUGACUGCAUUCAGGAUGAAACCCAUACGGGUGGGAAAUGGUGCGCCACAUCUGAAGAUUACGCUCGUGAUGGAAAGUGGGGAAUCUGCUUACAACCAGAGGAUGGCUGUCAUGAUAUCUGGGAACAGGAUCCAGGGUCUAAAAAUUGCUACCAGUUUAAUACACAGUCUGCUCUUUCUUGGAAGGAAGCUUAUAUUUCAUGUCAAAGGCAAGGAGGAGAUUUACUUAGCAUCCAAGAUGCAUCUGAAUUAAGUUACAUACAAGCCAAGGAUGACAUCGCUGAGAUCUUCUGGAUUGGUUUAAAUCAACUGGACGUUUCUGGAGGUUGGCAGUGGUCAGAUCACAAACCUUUGAAUUUUGUCAACUGGCAUCCAGAUAUGCAGAGUUUGUCCCCACUGGAUGGGACAAGUUGUGUGGUAAUGAAUGCUGCUUCAGGUCAGUGGCAGAGUUACCACUGUGGGACUCAACUUCCAUAUACUUGCAAGAAGUCACUCAGUCAAGUUUCAAGCCUCCCAGAGGAUUGGAGACACUUGGAUACUCGCUGUGACUCGGGCUGGCUUCCCUACGAUGGCUCUUGCUACAUGCUGAUAAAUGACCCGGCACCUUGGAGCACGGCAGAUGAAUUGUGCAAAGCAAAUAAGAGUAACCUCAUCAGCAUACACUCAUUAGCAGAUGUUGAACUGGUUGUUACAAGGCUUCAUAAUGAUGCAGAAGAAGAAACGUGGAUGGGUCUUAGGAAUGAAGAUGUGCCAACCUUGUUCAAAUGGUCAGAUCAUUCGACUGUGGUUUUCACAUACUGGGAUCAGAAUGAACCAAAAAUUCCUUUUAACAGCACUCCUAACUGCGUGUCAUAUUCAGGCAAGUUGGGACAGUGGAGAGUGAAAUCCUGUGAAGAAAAAUUGAAAUAUGUUUGCAAGAAAAAAGGAGAGAUUCUGAAUGAAACGAAAUCAGAUGAAAGAUGUUCACUGGAAGAGGGAUGGGAGAGACAUGGGAACUAUUGUUACAGGAUUGAUAAAACGGAAGUUUCAUUUGGAACACGGUGCAAUCUUACAGUGAUGAACAGAUUUGAGCAAGAAUUUAUAAACAGUCUGAUGAGAAAACACACUGAAGUUGACGAAAAGUACUUCUGGACCGGUUUGCAGGAUAUUAGCCAAACGGGAAUAUAUUCCUGGGGUACAGUGAAUGGGGAAAAAACGGAAGCUGUGACAUACACUAACUGGAAUUCCUUGCAACCAGAGUUUUCAGGAGGAUGUGUGGCCAUGUCCAAUGGAAAUUCUCUUGGAAAGUGGGAAACUAAGGACUGUAAAACCACUAAAGCACUUUCGAUCUGCAAAAAAUAUAUUGGGCAGCCCAAGGAGCCAGAAGUGCUCCCAAAGCCAACUGAUCCCUGUCCCCCUGGGUGGCACAAUGGAUCCGGCCUUGCCUGCUACAAGUUCUUCCACAGUGAAAGAGUGCUGCGAACCAGGACCUGGGAAGAGGCAGAAAGGUUCUGUGAAGCACUUGGAGGCCAUCUGCCUAGUUUUAGUCACUCAGAAGAAGUCAAGGCACUUCAUUCUAUCCUGAGAAAAAUGAUCAGCAAUGACAGAUGGGUAUGGAUUGGAAUGAAUAAGAGGAGUCCAGAUUCUUUGGGAACCUGGCAGUGGAGCGAUGAUAAACCCGUAACUAGUGUUGUUAUGCCACUCGAGUAUCUGGAAGAUGAAUAUGAUACAAGAGACUGUGCUGCAUUAAAGACCUCCCAGUUUUCACGGAGAUCAUUUUGGAGAUUUUAUUUCCAUGAAGGCAGAGACCUGGAAUUUUACUUCAGGCCUUUUGAUUGUGAAGCUAAACUUGAAUGGGUCUGCCAGAUAACUAAAGGUAGCACUCCAAAGACACCUGAGUGGUAUAUACCAGAUGAAAUUGGAAUUCAUGGACCCCCACUUGUUGUUGAUGGAGCAGAGCUGUGGUUUGUACCAGAUAAAAACUUGAGCUACCAGGAAGCUAUUUUCUACUGUCAAAAAAAUGAUAGUGAUUUAGCCUCUGUGGAUUCUUACCCAAAACUCAGGGCAAUACUGUCUCAAAUAGAAAAGUUAUCAAAUAGCGAACAGAAGUGGUGGCUGAAGUUUAUUGAUUAUGGCUACAGCUAUCAUUCACCUUUACAGUUAUUUCCACGCUUGCAUGAUAGAUUCCUGAGAGAAUGCUGGUAUGUUUCUAGAAAGAACUGGUAUAGAGACUACCCAGUUAACUGUAACGUGAAACUACCCUUCAUCUGUGAAAAAAAUAAUGCCUCCUUACUAGAGAAACAUGAUCCCAGUUACCGCCCAGUCAGAGGAGGUUGCCCUAAAGGCUGGCAUCAGUUUCGGAAUAAGUGUUUCCAGAAGAUGAAACCUGAAUAUUUAACAUUUAAUGCAGCUAAUGAAAAGUGUGUAACUUUUGGAGGCUCUCUUCCAUCUAUCUCAGAUCAAGCUGAGCAAGAUUAUAUAACAUCCUUGCUUCCUGGUAUGCCAAAAGAUAUUUGGAUUGGUUUACAGUUUCUGUUCAGCACAAGAGAAAACAAAUGGAUAGAUGAGAGCAGACUGAUGUACAGUAACUUUCACCCACUCCUGACAGGAAGAUUAAGGAAAAUUCCACUGGAUCUUUUUGAUGAAGAAUUUAACAAUCAGUGCGGUGUAAUCCUCAAUGAUCCCAAAUCACAGUAUGCUGGAACAUGGAAUUUCACUGCUUGUGCUGACAGGCACUUCUUGGGUAUAUGCCAGCGUCCUACAGGAACUUCUGAUAACCAGACAGAGGAAGUCAUUAAUGGAACAUUGAGCUAUCAAAAUGUUCAAUACAUGGUAAUUCUGAAGAAUUUGUCCUGGAAUGAUGCAAUGGCUGCAUGCAUAAAUAACAAGAUGCAGCUGGUUAGCAUCACAGAUCAGUUCCAGCAGGCUUUUCUUGCUGUUCAGGCGGCCCUUCAUAAUUACCCACUCUGGAUUGGACUCUUCAGCAGAGAUGGUGGAAAGCAUUAUGGCUGGCUGGAUGGGAAACAUGUUAGUUUUAGUCGCUGGUCUGAAGAUGAUGAAGAAACAAACGAAGAAUGUGUGUUUUUGGACACUGAUGGCUUCUGGAAAAGUUCUGACUGUUCCUCUGAAAAUCGAGGUGCUAUUUGCUACGCAUCAGAAAAGGAGACUGAAAAAGAACAAGUUUCCCAAGUGAAGUGCCCACAUAAGAUUAAAAAUACACCUUGGAUAUCAUUUAGAAACAAUUGUUACACUUUUAUGAUAACAAAAAAUAGAUGGAGAGAACUGAAGUCUCAAGAAGCUCAUCAUUUAUGCAGGAAAAUGAACCCAGAAGCAUUUGUUCUGAGUGUUCGAGAUGAAGAAGAGAAUAACUUCGUUACUGAGCAGCUUCAUUCAUUCAGCGGUCUGGCUCUGUGGGUCUGGCUGGGUGUGAUUUAUGAUGACAGUGAUAAAAUUCUCAAGUGGUAUGAUGAAACUCAUCUGACUUACAAUAACUGGAGGCUGGGAAGACCUAUCAUAAAGAAGAACAGUUUUUUUGCUGGUGUAAACCUUGAUGGGUUUUGGGACAUUUAUAAUUAUUCUCAAAGUUGGCACGCCAAUCACUAUAACAUGUACAGUAUUCUUGCCUGUAAAAUCGAAAGGGGACCCCAACAGCACAAGCCUCCGUUGCCCGAGUCUAUUCCACAUGGAAACAGAACAUACAGGAUCCUUCAGAAAAAAUUAACCUGGUAUGAGGCAUUGAGAGCAUGCAAACAAAAUGAGAGUGAUUUAGCAAGUGUACACAGUGAAUCACAACAGUUAUUUCUAGAAGAUAUUGUCAAACAGGAUGGUUAUCCUCUGUGGCUUGGGUUGUCAGUUCAUGAUGGAAGUAAAGCUAAUUUUGAAUGGUCAGAUGGAAGUGACUUUGACUACUAUCCUUGGGAAUUAGAAAACUCAAAUACUACUGAGAACUGUGUUCUGUUGGAUACUAAAGGAUCUUGGAACCGUACAAAAUGUACAAAUGUUGCUGAAGGUGCCAUUUGUUAUAGCCCUCCAAACAAGAGGCAGUUCCAGGCAGAGCAAGAGAGCAGAGCCUCAGGAUGCCCGCAGAGCAGUGGUGCCCUACAGUGGGUACAGUACAAGGAUCACUGUUACGCGUUUGACAUGGCAUUCUACAAUUUUUCAGUCUAUAAUAUGGAAGAGGCUAAGAAAGUCUGCCAGAAACUGAAUCCUUCAGCAACCCUUCUGACUAUAGUGGAUGCUGAGGAAAAUGCAUUUGUGAGCAAACACGUAAGGGAACAUGAUCUCAUCACCAAGAAUGUAUGGCUUGGCCUGGCUCAGAACUCUAAGGGUCAGUCCCUGAACUGGCUGGAUGGCUCAUCAGUUACUUACGUCAACUGGGAGAAUAAAACUGCAGGAGCCAAUGAAAAAUGCAGUGUUAUCACAUCCAGAACUGGCACGUGGUCCAAAGUUGAUUGCAGUCGUAGUCAAAGCAGAGUGGUUUGCAAAGCUCCUUUAGGUUCUAAUCAUACUGGUGUGGCUGUAGCAUUUGCCCUGCUAGUUAUCUUAGUCUUUGCUGGUGGGCUGGUGUUCUAUCUCUACAAAAAGAAGCGUCUUCACUGGAGUGCCUUCUCUUCAGUACGCUAUCAGCGAGGCAUGAACGAUGAUGAAACCGAUGAUAUGUUCACAAAAGAUGGCUAUUGAGAAACUUCCUUCUGGUUAAUUUAAGAAAGAACUUCACUGUGUGAAGCCAUAAGAAAUUAGCUGCUUGAUGUUCUAUUACUUCUUUUUGGAAAAGUAAUAAGGUUAUGAAUGGGGGCUAAAAUUUGUUCUUUUAUAUGCAAGUGCAAUUUUCUGAUAAAAAGUCAGUAGUAAUUAUAGGUUUCUAGAGUUCUGUUGUAUUUUUUAAUUUAUAGCAUUUUCUCUUUUUACUGGAAAGAGCUUUUAAUAGAAUAAAUUAAUGCCAACAGCACUUCAUGCAACAUCAGUUUAAUGAAUACACUUAAAAUUUACUUCCCCCAAUACUUUUAUUUAUACUAGGAUUAAAUGCCUAACUUUAUGGUUACCAGCCUGUAACUUAAUAGGUGAAAUGUGUCAUCUGUCCAAGAAGAUAAAAGAUAAGUCUAAGGAAAGAGUGAGAAAGAAUAUAUGGUAAAAAAACUUGUGUACAUAAAUGCUAAAAAUACUUGAGUAUUAUACAUAAAACUUAAACUUGAUUUUUAUAUGUGAUGUGUCACUGUAGCCUAUCCUAUGCACUCCAAAGAAAGCUUUAAAGGAAAAAAGGGAAGACAGAGUUGUAUAUAUUAAUUGCUAAACGAUUUGAUCAAUUAAUGUUUUGAAAAAGUCUUUUGACUUUUUUUAAUGCACAGUACAAAGAACAGGUGCAUUUACUUUUAUGAAGGAGGAUAUGCAAAAGACCAAAUGUGUUCUGCACGUGGUGGUGUCAUGAGAUGGUAAAUAGGAAUAUGUUUGGACUGAUGUGCUGAGAAGAGUACUACUGAUUUCUCUGAAGCAGCGGUGCGAGGUCACGAUGUCCAACUGCCUUUUUUCCUGCAGUUUACUUAUGUUGAUGGCACUUUUCUUUGUUCCUGUUUGCACUAUUUUGAUAAGCGAAUGUUUAUCAUUUGUGUUGAGAAAUAGAGAACUUUUUAUAGAUACUAUUUUGAGCCUGUUAAAACAACAGCCUGAAAGGGGCAAGUUAAAGGAGCCAUUGUGGUAGUUUGCUGAUCAAAGAAGUAAAGCACUUUUGUUGUUUGUUUGGUACUUUGGGCACAAUUGUGAACAAAUAGCUUUCCUGAGAUAACUUGCAGAAAAAGUACUUAUGAUGCUAGUUACUGUGUAAUGAAAAUAACUUUCAUUCUUUAGCUUACCCUGGUGUGAAAAGUGUUUGAAACAUUGCAAAGCCUGGUUCCUGAUGUCUUCUGGUUAAGCUUAUAUGCCUAAGUGCUUUGCCAAAUGACUUUUAACUUAAUGGAUUAGAAAAAGUGUUGGUUAUUGUCUUUUUCUACCUACAGUAGUAAGUGGGGAGAAUUAUUUAGAAGUUCCCGUGUUUUGAGAUUUACUAGUUUUAUAGAUGUUUAUACUUUGAGCAUUUUUAGGUGUGAAUCUGAAAUGUAAAGUGUCACUUGGUAGUAAAAUCCUAAUUCAAUACAAAAAAAAUAUAUACUUUUUAUUAAAAAUUGUAUAUUUUAUUCUUAUGAAUGAUGUAAAUAAUUUUUUAAGGCCCCAUUUCUCAUGUUUGUUUCAUCAUACCCAAAUUGUCUGAUCACUGGUAAGUCUUUUUUGAGUAAGCACAAUGGCCUUAGUGCAGGUGAAUAACCCACUUCAUCUGAAAUACACAGAAAGAUUAUUUAGGAGUACUGUUAUUGAAAGAAUAAAGUUAAAUAAACCACUAAA